CGGUGACGUGCCCGCUAAGACGCAGCCAGCAGAACGUGCGCGCCCGCGGGAGGGGCCGAUAGAAAAUGGCGAGUCUGUGCAAAAGGCAGCAAUGCACGAUCGAGAGGCGCGGCUUUCGGCAGGAACUUGAUUCGUGGAAGCAUAAAGUAAUUCACUGUGUAGGGUUUGAAAGCAUUUUGGAAGGGCUGUUUGGACCAGGACUUGUAAAAGACCUCACCGUAUUUAAAGAUUGUGAGCCAGAAGGGGUUUCUGAUUGGUCGUUCAAUAAAAACUGUCUCUUCUGCUGCUUAAGACGAGAAAAAGUGAAGGAACAUUUAGCUGGCUUAGACAAACAGGCCCUGGAGGCUGGGGAGAAAGCCCUUUGCAAACAGGAGCAGUCCAAAAUACACCGACUCGAGAAGCAAGCAGAAGAGUUCCUCCAUGCAGUCUUCUACAGAAAAGAUGUCCCCAGGGUCUCCGACCCCCACAUUCCUCUAGUGGCUCGUGAGAUAAUGCAGCGAAUGAUCCGACAGUUCGCUGCGGAAUAUACCUCAAAAACCAGCUCUUCUCAGGACCCCAUCCAGCCCAACGGCACCAAGGACCAAAGCCUGCCGAAAGCACCGUCACUCGCUUCUGCUGCUGCCUCUGCACAGAACCCUGUUCUCAACAAGCUUCUCAUGGCUGACCAAGACUCGCCGCUGGAUCUCACUGUUAAGAAAUCUGAAUCUGAAUCCACUGACCAAGACGGAGUACUUGAUUUGUCCACUAAGAAAAGUCCCAGCCCAGGCAGCUCAUCCCUCAAUUCUCCCAGCUGCUCCACAGGCCCCCUGGAGAAAGGUGAUUCUGAAGACUUGAGCCAGGCCAAAGCAAUAGAUGACAAGCCCCCUUCCUCUCUGGAGCAGUUUAUGGCCAAACUGUGCCCACAUCACCAGAAGCAGAUUGUUGAUGCCUUGGGGUUCCUACAGAAUGAAGUAAAGCCUGUAGCUUUCUCCACUCCUUCUCAAAUUCCACAGAAAGUGAGCCCUGGCGCCAUGGCAGAGACAGACUGUAGCCCUGUCUGCCAGUUGCAAAUAACCGUGGCCCAUGGCACUGAGCAAGGGACCAGCUCCCUGAAUGCCCCUUUUUCUGAUUCUCAGAAAUCCAUUGAAAUUCCAACCACCAUGGGAAGCAUUAAUGACUCCAUAGAUGUUACGUGUGCACAAAACAACCCAAUCGAACAAGGCUCUCUGACUACAGCUUCAAAAGGAAACACAGUUCUUGCUUCAUCUUAUCCAUGUAGUUCCAUCCACCUAGACCACCUCACUCUAGUUUCUGGAGAUCUUAAAGAAUUGAAGUGCAAUGAACCUGAAAGAGAGGACAUUGUGCACUCUGACAAGGUGAAAAGCAACCCAAGUUGUGGCACCAUUUGUGUCAGUAAAGUAGAUGUAGCAAAUAGGGUUACAGGCGCUUGUCCCACUGAUGGCACUUUAGAUGAUCUGCAGAGCAGCUCAGAAACUCCUUUGUAUUCAAACUUUAAUGGAGCUUCCCAAAGUAUUGGAGUGGCAUUGGCACCAGGAAGCCUCCAUCCUUCACUAGGAAGGACUGGUCAGCUUUAUGAUCACCUCUAUCAUGCAGACAAAAAUGGCUCCUUAGGUGAUACCAAAGAUAUGUGGCUUAGCCUGAGCCCUGAUAGAAGGGCAACAAAGACUACCGUUUCUUUCAGAUGCUCAAGCUUCCCUACUUCACCUAAGACAGCCCGAAAGAGUAUCAGGGGGCCGUACCUGAGGCCCCGUAGUUCUGCUCUGUGCCAGAUCGUGAAUGACCUUGAUAACCAGUGUGACAUUGUUUACAUCAGCAAGCCCAUUACUGAUUGCGAGCUGGUGCCACAGAAACCUAUCUUCUCCCGGCGGACUGCUAGAAAGAGCACCAGAGGCCACAUGUGCAGCGAAGAGUACUGGGAGCUGAAAACUGUCCGCACACUGGCCCGGAAAUCUGCUGCCAAUGGCAAGGGCAACUGCCCCUCUCUGAUGCCAGAAUCUGUUACUUUGGUAACACCCAAACAGGUGCUGGCCAUGCCAGACAGUGUCCCACCAACAGACGUACCCUUUGCUGGCAUCUGUGGCGAGACCCUUGGCCAGAAUACACCCUCAAAAGAAACACUGGUCAAGGAGAUCGGUGGAGAUGUUUAUGCUGUGGGCCUUGAUGCUGCGCAAAUUGUUGAAACCAGUAAGACCGACCAACCCCGGCCCAAAGAUGGCACCUCCCAACCUUUAAAAGCUCUACUUUCAUUAGUGAAGCAACAAAGCAAGGAAACAGAGCCGCAGCAGAUAACAUUGCCUUUAACUAAUGAAAUAUGUGCUGAAACUGUGAUCCAGACAGAUCAGUCUGAAGAAGAACCUUCCAGCGAUAGCCAAAAGGAUGAGAAAGAAUUGGAUUCAGGGCAACCAGUAGAAAUCUCAAUAGCAGCAACAGUGAUGGAAGGAAGUGAGCUGGGAUCAGAGGUGCUCUUGGAAAAUGCAGUCAACGCCUGUGCCAGUGAGUUGCAACCCACAUCAAGAUCCACAUCUCCCAUGAUGACUCCUGAUGAUAAUCUACAAGUAGAGGACACAAGAAAUGAUAUAGGAACCAUAGUUGAGACCCUGGAGCUGCAGGAUUCAGAACAGCAGGUUUUACAUCUUGUGAAAGAUAAAAUUGUUCUGCAACAGAGCAGUGAAAGUUUUAUCUCUGCUUGCGGUUCAAAGGAUGAAGAAAUGGAAGAAUCAACAGACAAUGUAAUGGAAAUGGAUGUGAAGCAUGAAGAACUGGAGGUAGAUGAUGGAAGGAGCACUCCUGAAAAUACAUGCAUGAAAAAGCGGCAGCGGAAAGUGUUUGCCACUUCAGACAGGCUCCUGCGAAGUCGGCAACAGACAGGAAUUUCUGAUGAGGCCCCAUCCAAUAUGGGAGAAACCACAUCAGAGACCAGCCCUCUGCAGGUUCCUGAGCUGCAAGUCACCCUGUUUAAAAGUCCUGGAGCCAAACGUUUCCGCAGAUCAGUGGAGUUAAAACAGACCGAUGUAGUGAGCUUCCCAGCUGACUGCUUCCACAAGACCAUACUUGAGAGCAUUGGUGAUCCAGACAACAGGCCUGAGGACUGCUCUGAAAGCAGCUCUGAUGAGGAGAUAGAAGAGAAGAAUGUUUUGCGGACUAGACAGAAUUACAAAUCUAUGUUGGCCAAGGAACUUGAAAGCGAUGAAGACAGGGUGGGUGGAAGCGUCUCUACUUUUGAAAACGAACAUUGCAGCAAAAAGGAAGGGUUGUGGAUAACGGUGAAGGCUAAUUCAGAGAGGAGGAGAGUGCUCCUGUCAGAGGAAGAGGGGGUGUCACCUCUGUUGAAUAGUAAACUAGUGGGAGGCAAACCUGGUGACUCCAUGGGCAAUAUUCUGGAGAGAUUUAGCAAAAUGCAUCCUGAUGGGAUGGAUGGGAGGGGAACAAUUAAACCCAUGACCUCCAAGACAUUAAUGAGGCACAAGAAGCAAGUCCUUAAGUCUUACAACUUAGAGUGUCCUGAGGUAUCCAUGGUAGGUGGAAGAAAGAGGAUAAGCAAGCAGUGUCAAGCUAGGGAUGAUGUCGGUCUGCAGUCUGAUCCAUUUGGCUUGAUGAAUGUUGACCUCUCUGUGAAAGACCCACCCAAGUUCUUGGAGGCUUUGACAGAAGAGGAGAACCAAGACCUCAUCAACAACCUAAAUGCCAAGUAUGAGAAGGUGCACAAGGGCUGGGUGCAGCUGGAGAAGGAAGGCCAGCCUGCACCCAAACCAAAAAACAAAGCGGACAGGCUCAAGGAGAUAUGGAAGAGCAAACGCAGGGUCAGAAGGUCCAAAGCUCUGGAUCAACAGAGGUUUUCUCCAGUGCAGAUGCUAUUCAUGAAGACCUUCAACCUUGCCAACAUUUGUCAGUGGUUCCUGGAGACGACUGAAACCAAGUCUCUUGUUAUAGUCAAAAAGAUCAACACUCGCCUGCCAUCUGAAACUCAGCUUUGUUUUCAUAACUCAUCUUCCAGUGCUGCAGGGUCAUCACGUGAUGUCUACCCCAGCAUACAAGCCGAGCGCUUGAAGAAACAUCUAAAAAAGUUUGCAAUGGCCUCCCCAGCCAAGAACAAUUUAAAGAACCAAAAGCUGUGGGCCAGAGCCAGUGAGCAUACAGGUGCUAAUGGCAGUAGCAAAGAGAGGCUAAGAAAAGAAAUAUCCACUGCCACUCGUAUUUCCACUAAACCCAGCAGUAACCAUAUAGCUCCCAAGGUGCAAGUAGUUAAGAAUCAGAAGACCCCUCAGGGGGUUAAGAGCCCAGCAAGCGCCAGGAUCCUUAGGAAGUACUCCAACAUCCGAGGGAAGCUGCAGGUGCAGCACCACAAGCUAAAGACAAAGGAGACCUCUGGAAUGGACCACAAGAACAUGCAUAUGAACCCUCUAAUGUCUCCGAACUUGACCUCUGGCCCCAAAUCAGGGGGUCUACAGAGGGGGAGACCUCUGGAGUCUAACAAGGAGAAGGAAAAGAAAAAUGGCAACAGGACCAAGGUUGAUGCCCCUCCUGUGACCAGAAAGGUGGCUGCAGAGGAGAGGGGAACCAAGAGCAGACCAUCUGCUCUGUGCAGCAAAAACAGGCACAAGAAGCCGCUGAAGAAAACACCAGUGGCAGCUCGAAAACCUCAAAGAAUUUCUGUGGCUGCCAACGUUUCAGAAACAAAACAGAAAGGCAAAAGGCUUGACACAAAAGAACCCAAAACUUACAAAGAAGCAGAUAGGAGGAAAGAAGCUCCACUGAGAGGUAUGCGAUUUAACCCCAAUGAGCCCAGUAACGCAAAAGACCAGAGCAAGUCUCCCAAGACAAGAGCUAUGACCAGCACUUUUCCCCCACUUAGCAAGGCAGCAGUGGUGUCAUCCCAGGACCAGGUGCUGACUCGUUCUCAGCGAAAGCUUGAAGUUUCUGGCAGUUUGGGGCUACAGACAAGAAAGAGGGUGAAAGACAUCAAACCUGCACUGGCCAAACGUAACAGAAGGUCCAGCGUCAACUAAAAUAAACAUUUUGGGAAGCGGAUGGUGGAGGUGGUGGUGGUGGUGUGGUUAUAAUGUAGAUGGGGUUGUGUUUUGGGAGACAAAUAGAAAAAAAGUAGCCAUGUAAAAACUAUUGUAAAGUGAAUAUACAUUUUGAGUGUAAAACUUGUAUUAAAGAUGUUAAAGCUCUCUCCAUAAGCUUGAGCAAGCCUUUAUAACCAAAUUAAAAAAAAAAAAAAUACCAGUAAACAAUUUACAGGAAGGAAUGUGCGUUUCUGAGAAAGUGUGAUAAAGAAGUAUUGACUAUUUGGGCAGUAUGUACUGUAUAAUACACACCAUGUAUUGGGACACAUGACUAAAUUCAGAACUGGGGGAGGGGUAUUUGUUGUCUGUUUUACCCGACUCACUAAACACAUCAUUUUGUCGUACAGUGUAUCAUAUUUGUACGUAUGAGAUGCAAUACAUAUGAAAAAUGGAAUCUGUUUAUAGGUACUGCAUAUUUGGUGUUUUUAGCGUCUUUUUUCUGUUUAGAAUUUGUUGAAGCUCAUAUUUAGAAAGCUGAAGAAAAUCUGCUUCUACCCAAGUUUUCCUCUGUGAUGUGAAAGGUGAGCGCAUCAGUAUAGGUCAGAGUGGUUGCUAUGAGUACCAUUGCUAUGGAAGUAAGGUAUAUUUACUGAUGCUAUGAAUAUAGACUGUUGUUAAGGGAGAGCUAUAGUGUUAACAGCAAUGUGUCAUAAUGGUGUUAUACCGAAUCACAAGAUGAAUCACUUGAGCUACUGUUGCAUGUAUUUGAAUAGGGUACAGUUAUCCAUUCAAAUAUACAGCACCUCUGUAUGUACAAUACAUGUUGGAGGAGUUGUGUGUGUGAGAGACAGACAGACAGACAGUAUCAUGAGGAAGGAGGACUGGUGCUGCUGAAGAAUACAGCUCCAGUCUGGUGUUAAACUGGGCUUGCAAUCAAAGAAGGGCCGAGGAGUUAGAUCAGGUGAGGGGGGCAGUGCCUUAUUGAUUGUGGUUUAUAAGAUGUAUAGCUAGUCAGAGUGCAAUGAAAGGCUUGCUUUUAUACUUGGUGCACCAGCGGGAGGAGAGGCAGUCUUCACACACAUACAGUCUGCUUCAGUAAUAGAAAGCUAGUCCCACCCGAAUCCUUCUACUCUGACUGCUAGUCUUUUUUAUUGAUUUUAAAGGACCAUGCCAUUUUAUACCCCAAGCUAGAAAGCUACUUCUUUUCUAUAUUUAUGUUUGAAUUGCCUCAAUAUAUUUACAGGUGAACCUAGUGGUUUAAUAGCCUCCCAAUGUAUCACUCUUGGGUUUUGUGAAAAUAACUUUUUUUUAUUGUAAUUGUGAUUAUUUAUGACAAUGUAGUUGUUGUGAUAAUAGUCUCAUUGUAAGGCAUUCUAAUUCCGUUAGCUUUGUUUCUAUGUGAGCAAUGAGGUGUCUGAACCAAUCCCCUGUGAUUCGAACCCAGGACCGUUAAGCUUUAACAGUUUUGCAUGUGCUGUAUUUGGUCGAUUUAAAUUUUCUGCAUAGCAUACAGCAUUUGUUAUCUAAGUGUCAAAUUAACACAAUUAAAUUGUCAACGGGGAGUCAUGACAACAGUGAAAGCUGCCUAUAAAUAGCCACCACUGCAAAAAAGCAAUUGAAGGUCCAGUACGUUUAUAUGCAGCUGUGUUGACUGUACAGUAUGAGCACUUCUAAGUGCAGCGUUAGUAUGGUGUUAGUGUGUGAUACACGGUUCAAACCCCAGCCUUGUCUGACAUAGUCUAUUACUGUGUCAAAGAGCCACUGAUACCCACUCCAAAGACCAUCAGAAAAAAUUGCUAUUAUUAUUAUUAUUAUUAUUAUUAUUAUUAUUAUUAUUAUUAUUAUUAUUAAUUUCAACUGUAAGCCCCAAAAGAGCCCACAAAUGUUGGGAUUAAUUCUUGAUUAGGCAUGUUCAUUUUUGUCCUUGCAACUACUGGUACAUAUAUUCAGAAAUAUUUCAUUACGUAGAUUUAUAGGGCUGUACAGAAUUCUCAUUCCCGCACACUGUAUUGUAUGUUAAUUUAAUUUAGCAUGUCAUGAAUUAAAAGGCCGAGCUGAUGUGCACACAUACACAGACAUAUACAAUGUGUAUCUACAGUAUCUUCAGGGUGGAAAUGUGCGCUCCCGUUAAAAGGGGGCUGGACUGGCAGCUUUCACUGGCAUUUGGUUGAUUUUCUUUUUAAAUUAUUUUAAUAAUAAUGUAAUAGUCAGAUGCUUUGUUUAACCUUUUCGCUGCCAAGCUAAGUAGAGCGCUACCUCUCCUACUGUGCCACGGUAAGAAUGGCAACUUUACCUUUAAACCCGUCUGUGUUUUAAAUCAAUUUGAAAUAAUAUUUCACAAGAUUGCUACCAGAGAGACUACACUUAUUGCUGUGUAGGGUACACACUUUUACAGUCUAUAAUUAACAGUAUAUUCCUGACCAGACCUCUGUCAUUGGCACAAUAGGAGAGAACCUCUCCUCAAAGGCACUGAAAAGACUAAAUUGGUAUUAGUUUUGCUGGAGUCCAUUGGUUCCUGUAAAUUCAUGAUUUAGUUCCUUUUUUUAUUAUUCCAACUUCACAACAGCUCUUGACUCAGAAAUUACAGAUUUAAUUUAAAUGUUUGGUACAUAAUAACGAAUAAGAAAGUUCAGCCAAAGUGGGCAAAGGUCAUCAACCAGAGAGCAGAUAGAGGGUACCUGACUAUCCUAGCUUGUGAUCAAGUCACCAUCCGAUCCUCUACAGCUACUGCAGCAGAAUGGCAACUCCUAGCCCAAUAACUGUUCUGCGCACCAAAACUGAUUGCCCUAAAAACUGAUUGUGUAUCAAGGCCUUAAGCUUAAUGUUUUGAAAUCAUCUAGUGCAUCAGGACCCAAAGGAUUCAGAAAAUGCUGAUUUACUUUAAGCAAUAUUACUUGAGAAAUAGUUUUUUUUUGGUUGGUUGUACUUUAGGGGAGGUACUUUAUCAUUAACAGAUUUUUUUUCUUUUUUCUUAAGCACUAGGAAUAUAGUAAACUUUGCUAGGCUAUUCUAGUUGUGGUUUGGUGAGGACUGGGAUCAGAAAACUUCAGCUGUUAUAACAGUGUAAAACUUUCUGUGGACAAGAGGGGGGUGUAUGGGAUGUUAGAUUAAGAAAAAAAAAAAAAAAGGCUCCAUGCAGAAUUUCUAUAUAACUUAGUUGCUGUUCCUGUCACUUCUCUCCAGCUGAUGAGCGAUGGGACUGAGCAGCUAAUCUUGGGGUUUCCUGUGCAGUCAUUUCCAAUUGCUUCCUCUCCAUGCAGGAUGACCCCCCAGUUAAAUAGAGACCUGGAAAGCAUUGUUUUGAGAAGUGAAAUCUGAGCCUAGAAUUUCUUCAAACUUCUUCAGUUAAACAGUGCAGCCUUUAUCAAUCUAGAAACACAGUGUCUCUCUUGCACAUGCUGGAGACCCCGGCACUACGAUGCGUGGUGUUGCUGUCCAGAGAAGUUCAAUACAAUUCAUUAUCAGAACUACAUGAGCAUCACAAGCAUUACUGUGCUGACAUCUACCUAAUUUAAACACAAAGCAUAACGACAAGUGAGUUACAUGUUGUGCUUCCUAUCCGUCCAGUUAACUCACACUAUGGAAUGAGCUGUUUCUUCUUUAAUAUAAGUAGAAUUAUUGUGGCUAUCAUCUUGCCAAUGUUUUAUUCAGCAUGUAUUUUACAGUUCAAAUGGUGUUGUGACGAUUAAUUGUUCUGUUUAGCUUUAGAUUGGAAAAUGUUGUAUAUUUUACUGUGUGUUUUGAAAGGUACCUAGCUCUUCACAGAUUCACUAAUGUUUGAUCCUCACAUUUAGGAUUAUAGCAGUUUGCAGCUAAAGACAGGCCUGAAGCCUCAUUUGUAAAAUAGUCAUUUGUGUUGAUUCGUAGUUUCAUGUACUGCUAUAAUGGGCUUUUGCCUGGUGAUGUCUACAGAAGUGGAUAACCGUACAAUGCUUUAGUUUUGUAUUGGUGUUUGUGGGAUAUCUUCCAGUUAAGUACAGCUUGGUACCGGUUACAGCUCCUCUCCAAUACACUGUUGCAUUAUACGUAUCUCCAGGAAGUGUAAGCACAAUUCCUCCUAAAACUUUCUUCUUCUGAAAACACAAGCCAUUAUUUUUUGUUCAUUGUGAAUAUUUUCCCCCUGGAAAAAAAGACUACCCUGAAAGCACACUUCAUUUUUUGUUAAUUUAAAUUCCAACUCAAGUUCUGUCUGGAACAGGAUACUAACUGCCUUGCAGUUAGUGCAUGAAGAGGAUUUGUAAAAGUUACUGUAAAGUUUGAAAAUACUCCAGUUAAUGUGAACUGCCAUAAAUUACUCCUCUUACAUGUAGCUCUUAAUGUAUAAAUGUAUAUAGAGAGAAAUGGAAGGCAUUGUAUUCUGAAAGAAAUCAUAAAUACAUUCACUUUUAUAUAUCUUUGGAGUUGACCUGUGUCCUGUGUAUUCUAAUAGACAUACGAUUUAAUGAGCAAGUUAGAAUUCAGAGCUGUAGCUUCCUGUAACAUAUUUAGACUUCUUGUGAUUUGUAUUUCGUCUUCCCGUAUAGUUUUCUCUUAACGGGGUCACACUGUCAAAUAUGUGACGUAACUAUGUAGUAACAGGAAGUGGAGAAUAAAGUAGUGGGAAAUAGAUUUAAUAGAAAAGAUAACUGACUCAGCCAUGAUGGAUCUAUGAGAAUGAGGCCCUGCCUUUACCAAGUGCAAUACUCCUUCAUAUUCAAACAGUUACUCACACUGUUAAUACUAUCUCCUCAGCUGCACACAUCUCUCACUGCAGUGACACAGAAGUGUAUUCAGGGAUACAGUCUAACUAUAUAUUUGAAAUAGUGUACUAGAUAUGCCAAAAAUCCAACAGGCCCCUUAUUGUUAAAUUAUAAUAAAGUACUAUUCAAAUGAAAUGUUUGGCAGAGCUAUAUUUUACUAUCUUAGUAUGGGCAGAUCAGCUGUAGAGCAGGAUUUGUGGGAUACGUUCAGGCAGAAAUAUUCUUAUAACUGAAAGGGUUGAAAAAUGGUACAAGCUGCCUAUAAUGGAAGAAUCAUGUUUACUGUGUUUUCACUGUUACACACACUGACUGUUUCUUAGAAUAGUUUUUUGAGAUUUUGGACCCUACUGUUCUGAUGUGUAGUUUCAGAAUACUGUGUUGCAGUCAACUGGGGGGAAAAAGUUCAGAGAAUGGAUGUUCUUAUAUCUUUCAUGUGAUUAAGUAUAAUAUGUAUAAGACUAUAUAUUUCCUUUAAUAAAUUGCACUCAGAGAAAAAUAUUAUGUUGCAUUAUUAUUAUUCUUUUGUCUAUGUAAGAAAAAACAACAUACUUGAAUAAUGAACAAAUACAUACAAUUAAAGGAAAUAAAAACAAUUAAUUUACUUGAAUUUAUUAAAUCUUUAGCAAUUUUGAUUGUGUACGAAGACUAACAGAAGUGCCAGCAGUCUUAAAACUGCAUUUAUUAAAGGGUAUAUGUUUCCUAGGUCUUGCUGUACAUACUCAUUUUCUGAAAAUGGUGCAGCGUGAGGGAGGAGGGAGAGCAGCGUCAGUGCGUUUUACUAACAAACUGUCUAUAUUUGUGUAUUCUGUCCUUCAGGAUGGAUAAGCCCUCAUGUUUGUUGAUCUGCCUCCUUGUCACAUCUAUUCAGGGAAUUACAGGUCCCCCAGGUGGUUUUAAAGAAACAAAUACAUUUAACUGUGCUCUGGAUUAUUUUUCUCAUGUUCUGACAUGUAUAUUUCAUAAAAACGCACAUUCUCCUAUACUCAUUUCAACACACAUUUACACACAUGCUGUAUGAAUGAGAGUGGCUCUGUGAUUUUUGCUGCUUUGUUUUGUUUUUCAAGACUUCUGUUGCUAAAUGAUAUUGGGACUGUUUAAACUUGAAUGAAACUCACAUGUCGUAAUUUUAACGUAAGAGUUUCUUAUGCAAUUCUGGCUUUGUUUUGUUUUAAUGCAUGUGUGAUUAGUGGGGUGUAGCUGCUGUAUAGAUGUAGUGCAGGUGUGUGAGUGUAAGCCAUCCCUCACACGCUCUCUCACUCCCAAGCUAUUUUAUACUUUAUACAUUAUUCCCUGUUGAUGCUUUUUUUUUUUUUUUAUUAUUUCUCCAAUGUGCUUAUUUUGACAAAAUCUCAUUAAAUAUUACUUGGAAUGAU